AUGCCUCAAAACGAGUAUAUUGAACAGCACAUAAAGCAACAUGGUAGAAGAUUGGACCAUGAAGAAAGAAAGAGAAAGAGAGAAGCCAGAGAAGGACAUAGAAUAGCUAAAGAUGCCCAAGAGUUGAAAGGAUGGAGAGGUAAGCAAUUUGCUAAGAAACGUUAUAGUGAAAAGGUUGCUAUGAAGAAGAAGAUCAAGGCCCACCAAGAAUCCAAGGUUAAAGGACCAUCUACACCAAAACAAGAUGAAGGAGAAGCAUUACCAACAUAUUUAUUGGAUCGUGAAACUAAUAACACUGCUAAAGCUAUAUCAUCUUCAAUCAAGCAAAAAAGAUUAGAGAAAGCUGAUAAAUUUUCGGUUCCAUUACCUAAGGUCAAAGGUAUUUCUGAAGAAGAAAUGUUUAAGGUUAUUAAAACUGGUAAAUCCAAAUCUAAAUCCUGGAAAAGAAUGAUUACAAAACAUACUUUUGUUGGUGAAGGUUUCACCCGUAGACCCGUUAAAAUGGAAAGAAUCAUUAGACCUUCUGCUUUGAGACAGAAAAAGGCCAACGUGACCCAUCCAGAAUUAGGAGUUACUGUUUUCUUACCAAUUUUGGGGGUUAAGAAAAACCCUCAAUCUCCAAUGUAUACUCAAUUAGGUGUUUUAACUAAAGGUACUAUCAUCGAAGUUAAUGUUUCUGAAUUGGGUUUGGUUACUGCUGGUGGUAAAGUUGUUUGGGGUAAAUACGCUCAAAUUACAAAUGAACCUGAUAGAGAUGGAUGUGUUAAUGCUGUUCUUUUAGUCUAA